GGUUGAUUAAAAUGUCUACAAAUGUGUUUUUUUAGUAAAAAAGAUGUUAGUGCGAUAUUAAUGCAGUUCUGAGUUCCUAAUAACAAUCUGAGCCUGAUCACCUAUAAAGAUGACGACGGGCAUCAUGAUGAACCAGUUCAUCGCCGGGCUGAAGAACAAGAACGAGGAGGUCCGAGGCAAGGCGGCGACCGACCUCCAUCACUUCGUCAGCACCGAGCUGCGGGAAAUGCCCGUGGAGGAACAUACUGCGUUCAUGGAUGAAUUCAACCAUCACAUAUUCGAAAUGGUCUCCAGCACAGAACUGAAUGAACGCAAAGGAGGAAUACUCGCUAUAGUGAGUCUCAUAGGAGUGGAUGUUGGCAACACGUCAACACGGAUGAGUCGGUUUGCUAAUUAUUUACGUAACCUGCUUCCUUCCAACGACGUUGGCGUGAUGGAAAUGGCUGCGAAGGCAGUGGGAAUCCUGGCGCUGUCGUCAGGGACGUAUGCUGCCGAGUACGUUGAGUUUGAGGUGAAGAGAUCUGUAGAGUGCUUGACUGGUGACCGCAAUGAAGGCAGGCGCCAUGCUGCGGUGUUGGUACUGAAGGAACUGGCAGUGAACACUCCAACAUUUUUCUUCCAACAGAUUCAACAAUUCUUCGACUCAAUCUUUAACGCCAUUCGAGAUGUUAAGCCAGCGAUUCGAGAAGGGGCAGUUGCAGCUCUCCAAGGUGCAUUAGCUGUGACGUCACAGAGAGAAACCAAGGCAACACAGAGGUCACAGUGGUACAAGCAAUGUUUUGACGAGUCUCAGAAGCCAUUUGAUGACAGCAUGCAUCGUGAAAAGAAGAUGACUCGAGACGAUUGGAUCCACGGUUCACUGCUCAUCAUCAACGAACUGCUGCGCUGUGCUAAUGUGGAAGGGGAGCGACAAAGAAUGGAAAUGGAAGAGAUUACAAUGCAACAAAAUUUAUUGGAUAAAACUGUCAAGGAGCUGUCGUCAAAGUCGAAAUCACACGGGAGCAUCUCCACACUGCAGCAGCUGCAGCACAAGUUGUCUCCCCUAACCAUCUUCGGGCUUGGAGGACGAACCUUUCACCAGAAGCCGAUGAUAUUUGAGAGCCGGACCUGCAAAGAGUUGAUGACAGUUCAUUUUGACAAGGUCUGCAACCUGAUACUGAAACACCGAGCAAGUCGCAGUGUUUACGUUCAACAAACCCUGCUGAUGGUCUUGCCGAGACUUGCUGCAUUUAACCCACAGAUUUUUUCACGGAUAUACCUCUUGGACACCAUGACGUUCUUGCUGGGAACACUGAAACGUGACCGAGACCGCACACAAGCAUUUCUUGCCAUCGGCCUUCUGGCCGUGUCUGUCCAGGGCGAGAUAUUUCGACUCCUGCCGAGAAUUAUGGAGGUCAUCAGAUCUUCACUGCCUGCUAAAGACAUUUCUGCUAAAAAGCAUCGCAGUUUUGUGGUUGACUCUGCCGUGUUCACGUGUAUCAGUAUGCUGGCAAAGGCUGUCGGACCAGAGAUGACGCACGAUAUUCGAGAACUGCUCGACUCAAUGUUAGCCACUGGACUCAGCCCAGCAUUAACAGCAGCUCUUAAAGAUUUGGCCACUCAAAUUCCACUGCUGAAGAAAGAUAUUCAAGAUGGCCUCCUCAAGAACCUAUCGCUCAUCUUGAUGGGAAAACCGCUGAAGCACCCUGGAGCUCCACAGAGUCCUGCCUCACAGAUUCCAUCUUCAAUCUCGAUUGCCAGCAUGAACGACCCACAUGAUGUGACAAGCAUCACUCUGGCACUAAACACUUUGGGAAAUUUUGACUUUGAAGGACAUUCGUUGACUCAGUUUGUGCGACACUGUGCUGACCACUAUCUGUCAAGUGAAAACAAAGGAAUCCGAAUGGAAGCAGUACAGACGUGUGCCAAACUUCUGACACCAUUACUACUGCUGCUGUCGAACACUCAGGGCCCAGUCAGCAUGGCCGCCAUGACAACGGUUGCCGACGUCCUCAAUAAGCUACUGGUUGUGGGGAUAACAGACUCGGACGCUGAUAUUCGUUUUUGUGUUCUCGCCUCCCUGGACGAGAGAUUCGACAGCCAUCUUGCUCAGGCGGAGAACCUCAGUGCCCUGUUCGUGGCCCUUAACGACGAAGUGUUUGAGAUCCGUGAGCUAGCGAUCUGUAUGAUCGGCCGACUGAGCUCGAAGAACCCGGCCUACGUGAUGCCUUCCUUGAGAAAAGUCUUGAUACAGAUUCUCACGGAAUUGGAGCACAGUGGUAUUGGACGCAACAAGGAACAGGCAGCGCGACUUCUCGGACAUCUCGUGUCUAACGCGGCUAGACUCAUCAGACCAUACAUGGAGCCUAUUCUAAAGGCCCUGAUUUCGAAGUUAAAGGAGCCUGACCCGAACCCGAGCGUUACACUGAGUGUUCUAGCUGCUAUUGGUGAACAGGCCCAGGUGAGCGGCACGGAGAUGCGGAAGUGGAUGGAUGAGUUACUUCCCAUUAUUCUCGAGAUGCUGCAGGAUUCCUCAUCGCUUCAGAAGAGAGAGGUUGCCGUGUGGACACUGGGACAUCUCGUAGAGAGUACCGGAUCUGUGGUAGAACCGUACAAGAAAUAUCCGGCUCUGCUCGAAGUUCUGCUGAACUUCUUAAAGACUGAGCAGUCGCCAGGGAUACGGAGAGAGGUAAUCAAAGUGCUGGGCUUGCUGGGGGCCCUCGACCCGCACAAACACAAGCUGAACCUCGGCUUGAUAUCGGAUAGUGAAGCGGCCGUCAGCAAGUCGGACCACAUCAAGUCGGACAAGGAAGCCAACCAGUCGGACUUCAACUCAAGUGAAAUGCUGGCCAAUAUGAGCUCCACCUCCACCAUUGAAGAGUUCUACCCCGCGAUCGCCAUAGCGACACUGAUGAAGAUUAUCCGCGACCCGUCUCUGUCUCAACACCACACAAUGGUUGUGCAGGCGAUAACGUUCAUCUUCAAGAGUCUGGGCAUCAAGUGUGUGCCGUACAUCCAGCAGGUGAUCCCAGCCUACCUGACAGUCAUCCGGUCCGCUGACCCAAACUUCAGAGAGUUCUUGUUCCAGCAGCUGGGGGUGAUUAUUGCAAUUGUGAAGCAGCACAUCAAGAAUUACUUGGAAGAUAUCUUCAUUCUAGUCAAGGAAUUCUGGAUCCCCAACAGUCCGAUGCAGAACACGAUUAUCCUGCUGAUCGAGCAGAUCGUGAAUGCACUGGGCACCGAGUUCCGGGUGUACCUGCCCCAGAUAGUGCCCCAGAUCCUACGAGUCUUCAUGCAUGACACCAGCAAGGACAGGGUUGUCACAGCAAAGUUGUUGAAUGCUCUUCAGUUAUUUGGUGCUAACCUGGACGAUUAUCUUCAUCUGUUACUUCCUCCCGUUGUGAAACUGUUCGAUUCUGUUGACAUUCCUAUUUCGGUCAGAAGAUUGGCGUUAGAAACGAUCGACCACCUGACGGACACUCUGGACCUGACGGACUACGCGUCGCGCAUCAUCCACCCGCUGGCUCGCACGCUGGACACGACCGUGCAGCUCCAUGCGACCUGCAUGGCCACACUGUGUUCCCUCGUCCAGCAGCUCGGACACAAGUACACCAUCUUCAUCCCCAUGAUCACCAAGGUGAUGGGCAAACACCAGAUCACUGACCAGCGCUACACUGUGCUCAUGUGCGUCAUACUCAAGGGCACGUCAAUAGCUGAGGAGGAGGACGACCCGGUGCUGAUGAAGCGCAGAAACCGACUGAAGAUCACGGAAACGGCUGAUCAGACGGCAGACACCACCACCAUCAAAAAACUCCAUGCCAACUUCAACCACAUGCAAAGAGCCCUGGGUUCCGGAAGACGAGCUUCUAAAGAGGACUGGAUGGAAUGGCUGAGGAAAUUGAGCAUUGAGUUACUCAAAGAGAGUCCGUCCCCAGCACUCCGAUCGUGCUGGGCCCUUGCUCAGACCUACAACCCUCUAGCAAGGGAUCUGUUUAAUGCUGCGUUUGUUUCGUGCUGGACAGAACUGACCGAGGCACAACAGGACGAGUUGAUACAGAGUCUGGAGCAAGCGUUGACGUCGCAGGAGAUUGUCGAGAUAACUCAGACACUGCUCAACCUUGCGGAGUUCAUGGAGCACUGUGACAAGGGCCCUCUCCCUCUUGACAGUCGCCUCCUGGGAGAUCGAGCCAUACGUUGCCGUGCCUACGCUAAAGCUCUUCACUACCACGAGGAAGAAUUCCACAGAGGCCCAACUGGGGAUACACUGGAGGCCCUGAUCAGUAUCAACAAUAAACUGCAGCAGUACGAAGCAGCAGCCGGGGUCCUGGAAUACGCCAUGAAGCACCACAAAGACCUGAAGAUCCAGGAGAACUGGUAUGAGAAGCUGCACGAGUGGGACAAGGCUCUGACCGCGUAUGAGGCCAAGCAGGAGCUGAACCCCGACGACGUCAGUCUCACGCUCGGCAGGAUGAGGUGUCUCGAGGCGCUGGGAGAAUGGGGUCAGCUGCACGCUCUAGCGUGUGAGAAAUGGCCGACAGCGAGUGACGAGAUUCGCAGCAAAAUGGCGAGAAUGGCAUCAGCGGCAGCCUGGGGUCUUGGCCAGUGGGACAGCAUUGAGGAGUACAUGUGUCUGAUAUCGCGCACCAGCUACGACGGCGCGUUCUACCGCGCGGUGUUUGCCCUGCACUCUGAGAAUUUCCCCAUGGCCCAGCAGUGCAUCGACAAGGCUCGCGACAUCCUCGACACUGAGCUCACCGCGAUGGCGGGGGAGAGCUAUAACAGGGCUUAUGGCGCGAUGGUGAAUGUGCAGAUGUUGUCCGAGCUAGAGGAGAUCAUCCAGUACAAGCUGGUUCCCGAGAGACAGGAGGCCAUCAAAGUGAUGUGGUGGCAGAGACUUCAGGGAUGCCAGAGGGUGGUGGAAGACUGGCAGAAAAUUCUUCAGGUUCGAUCGCUGGUUAUCUCCCCUACCGACGACAUGACCACUUGGUUAAAAUACGCAAGUCUUUGUCGCAAAAGUGGACGAUUGGCGCUGUCUCACAAGACUCUGACUACCCUCCUGGGGAUGGACCCGUCGAAGAACCCCAACGUACCACUCCCCACCACUCACUCCCGUGUUACCUUUGCAUACCUCAAACACAUGUGGAAAAAUAAUCAAAAGCCGGAAGCGUAUCAGAUGCUGCAGCACUUUGUACGACACUCACUCCACUCACGAUCCCCACAACCCGAGGACGCUGCCAAUAUGGCCGAACUCAACAAACUGCUUGCAAAGUGUUACCUGAGACUGGGUGCGUGGGCCGAAGAUUUAAACGGCAUCAAGGAAGAAUCCAUUCCGCAGGUGUUGGAGUACUUUAAUCUGGCCACACAACACGACCGCACCUGGUUUAAGGCGUGGCAUGCGUGGGCCCUGGUGAACUACAAGACCGUUCUCUUCUACAAGCAGAUGGAGCAGAACAGUGCCUCGUCGUCAUCGUCAGGCAACGGCACGUCAAACAUCUCAAGAAUAGUUAUAGAUAUCAUGUCUCCAAAACCAGAAUCGAUGUCAGGUAAAAUGAACAAGUACUGUGUCCCCGCUGUCCAAGGUUUCUUCCGGUCGAUAGCGCUGUCGUCACAGAACAGCUUACAGGACACGCUCAGGUUGCUGACUCUGUGGUUUGACUACGGACAUUGGCCGGAAGUGUAUGAAGCCCUGGUGGAAGGAAUCAAAACUAUUCAGAUAGACAACUGGCUUCAGGUAAUCCCACAGCUGAUAGCGAGGAUUGACACACCGCGAGGGCUGAUCGGUCGGCUCAUUCACCAGCUGCUCAUAGACAUCGGCAAGUUUCACCCACAGUCGUUGAUCUACCCUCUGACUGUUGCGUCCAAGUCAAAUGUCCAGGCUCGACAGUCGGCAGCAAACAAGAUUCUGAAGAACAUGUGUGAGAGAAGUAACAGCCUGGUACAACAGGCCAUGCUGGUGUCUGAGGAAUUGAUUCGGGUGGCCAUUCUGUGGCAUGAGCUGUGGCAUGAGGGUUUGGAGGAUGCCUCGCGUCUGUACUUCGGAGAGAAAAACGUCAAGGGGAUGUUCUCAACACUCGAGCCUCUUCACGCCAUGAUGGAACGGGGACCGCAGACUCUAAAAGAGACUUCGUUCAACCAGGCGUACGGUCGCGACCUAAUGGAGGCGCAGGAGUGGUGUCGGAAGUACCACCGGUCGGGGAACAUCAAGGAUCUCACCCAGGCCUGGGACCUCUACUACCAUGUGUUCAGGCGUAUUUCCAAACAGCUGCCACAGUUGACGUCUCUUGAGCUGCAGUACGUGUCACCGAAGCUGCUCAAGUGUAAGGACCUGGAGCUGGCGGUUCCGGGCUCAUAUGAACCGAACCAUCCCGUUGUGCGAAUCAGUCAUGUCGCCAGCUCGCUGCAGGUGAUCACCUCAAAGCAGAGGCCUCGGAAACUCACAAUAUUCGGUUCUGAUGGCAAGGAGUAUCAGUUUCUGCUCAAGGGUCACGAAGAUUUACGACAGGACGAACGAGUGAUGCAGCUCUUCGGAUUGGUCAACUCACUGUUACGCAACAACCCCGACACUUUCAGGAGAAACCUCAUCAUCACUCGUUUUUCUGCCAUUCCCUUGUCGACGAACUCCGGUCUGAUUGGCUGGGUUCCGCACUGCGACACGCUGCACUCCCUGAUACGAGACUACCGCGAGAAGAAGAAGAUCCUGCUCAACAUUGAACACAGGCUCAUGCUUAGGAUGGCACCCGACUAUGACCACCUGACUCUGAUGCAGAAGGUUGAGGUGUUUGAGCACGCGCUGGAACACACGCAGGGAGACGACCUGGCCAAGAUUCUGUGGUAUAAGAGUCCCAGCUCGGAGGUUUGGUUUGACCGCAGAACGAAUUACACGAGAUCACUGGCUGUCAUGUCGAUGGUUGGUUACGUCCUCGGUCUGGGAGACAGACAUCCCUCUAACCUGAUGUUGGAUCGAAUGAGUGGUAAAAUUAUUCACAUCGACUUUGGCGACUGUUUUGAGGUUGCCAUGGUGAGAGAAAAGUUCCCUGAGAAAAUCCCUUUCCGGCUGACAAGAAUGUUGAUAAAUGCUAUGGAGGUGACGGGUAUUGACGGGAACUACCGCAUGACAUGUGAGAGUGUGCUGGAGGUGCUGCGAGAACACAAGGACAGUCUGAUGGCCGUGCUGGAGGCAUUCGUGUACGACCCACUCCUUAAUUGGCGACUCAUGGAGGCCACGACAAAGACCAAGACCAAGACGACCCGGUCCGACUCGUACAGCGGGAUCCAGGAAACAGGAGACCUGCUUGAGAAUGUCGACCUGAACACAUCAUCAGGAAAGAAACUCGGACCAGAAGUAGGGGAUGGGUCAGUAGGAGAAAAUCUGCCCACUGAAGUGCUUAACAAGAAGGCCAUUGCGAUUUUAAACCGAGUCCGAGACAAACUCACAGGAAAGGAUUUUGGAACAGAUGAACCGAUUGAUGCCAAAAAGCAAGUUGAUCUGUUGGUGAAGCAAGCAACGUCGCAUGAAAACCUGUGCCAGUGUUACAUUGGGUGGUGCCCAUUCUGGUGAUUCCUGUCUUGUUUAGAGAACACAGAAUGGAUAAUAAAUUGUGUGGUAGAGAAAAACAGGGUGCAUGUUCAGAGAUGCAUUGUUCGAAUACUGUUUAAUUUGUAUCGUGAAGCGAUAUUCCGAUGUGGAACUCAAACACAUAAUAUAAUAUACUGCAUAUAUGUACAUCAGAGAGAAUUAGUUUCUCUUUGUGAAAUAAUAAUAUAUGCAGAUUGUGAUAUUAAACUAAGAAUAAUGAAAUUGUGUAGGUUAAAAUCCAGGAGAUUUCCCCAUUCUUCUGUUUUGUGUUAUUUCCGAAAACUAUUUAUGUUCCUGUUCUUUGAGGAAAGGCUUACAGUAUUGAUUUUUCAAACCCUGCAAAAAAGUUUUGCAUUUGUUGUUUUUCCAAUAUCAUUUUUGUCUCUAAAAUUGAAAUGUUCUAAUAUAUAGUGAAACCGCUCUAACAGGGUGCUGACACGUCCUAAAAAUCCUGGAAUAUUCUUGAAUUUUGUGUUUUAAAAUACAGGCCUGGAAUGUCUUGGAAAAAGCAUUAAAUUUGAUUGUGUCCUGGAAAUUUAGUACAAAAAUUCAGUGGUUUAUUUAUUUUUUUGCGUCUGUACUUUUGUUGUCCUCAUAACCUGUCUAAAUUCAGACAACAAUUUGUUAUAAAAACAUUCAUUGAUUGAACACUUCAUGUCCUGGAAAUUUUUAUAAUGUCCUGGAAAUGUUCUUGAAUUUUAUGGGGUUUUGUCAAGUUUAAGAACACUGUCUAACUGGACACCAACAGGACCAAGUAAAAACUUCAGAAUAAGGAUCCAGUUUUGAGAUAAAUCUGGUUUAAUAAGGAUCCAGUUUUGAGAUAAAUCUGGUUUAAUAAGGAUCCAGUUUUGAGAUAAAUCUGGUUUAAUAAGGAUCCAGUUUUGAUGGGUUUCACAGUAUGUGCUCAUAUGGAAAUUAGAUUAUUAGGCACCACAAGAACUUCGUUCCACAUGCACAUGUGCAGGAUAUAUGUCGGGGUGGGUUUGAGACUGGCAAUAUGUCAGGGUGGAGGGUGGGUUUGAGACGGCAAUAUGUCAGGGCGUAGGGUGGGUUUGAGACUGGCAAUAUGUCAGGGCGUA